AUGUCGUACAGAGUCGCUGCUCCCGACGAGUACCUUGCCAUCACUGGCAUGAACAUCAAGAAUGUUCAUAUCACUAAAGCUGCUUGGGUAUUGCCCUUUCAAAGAUGCACACGCUUCUCAGUUCAACCUCACGAUUAUGCUAUGAACCUUCAAGCUAUGACAAAGGAGAAGCUUCAGUUUCUUCUCCCUGUCAUCUUCACCAUCGGACCGGACGUUAACAACCGAGGAGCCAAUGCGAAAGGCCCUAGGCCUAACGCAAAUGGCCACGGAGACCAGCAUGGACAUAACCACAGCAACGACGAAGACCGUGGCGAUUCUUUGAUGAAAUAUGCCAUGUUAUUGGCCGAAUCCACGGCCAAUAAGCAAGGUUCGCAGCACCUCGAAAACAUUGUGAAGGGUAUUAUCGAGGGCGAGACUCGAGUUUUGGUUUCUUCUAUGACUAUGGAAGAGAUUUUUACUGAACGGGAGGAAUUCAAGCGCCGAAUCUUCCGCAACAUCCAGGGUGAACUCGAUCAGUUUGGUCUCAAGAUUUACAACGCCAACGUUAAGGAACUAAAAGAUGCUGUUGGCUCCACAUACUUUCAAUCCCUCUCCCAGAAGGCCCACGAAGGCGCCACCAACCAAGCUCGGAUUGAUGUCGCGGAAGCCCAGCUGAGAGGUAACGUUGGUGAGGCAGAAAGACACGGCCAGCAGGAACGGUCGAUUGCCAAGAUUAACGCGGAAACUGCCGUCCAAAAGACGGACCGAGAUGUCGAGCGCGCAGCUGCUGAGGCCAAUCUUGCAACCCAGAAGACGGUUCUACACCGAGAUGUUGAAAUCGCAAGAAUCCAGGCGACCCGUGCAACCGAGUCGAGGGAUGAAGACCUGAAGAAAGAGGUGCAAGUCAAGCGCGCUGCCGCCGAACUUGAGCGUCUUCGUGCCAUUGACGUCGUUAAGGCGGCCAUCGCUCGUGAAAGUAAACAGCAAGCUGCCGAUGCGAGGGCAUACGAAGUAGAAGCCGAAGCACGCGCCAAGGCCUACAAGACCAAAGUCGACGCGGAAACGCAAGCCGCCGCUGAUUAUAAUAAGACUACGAAGAACACCGAUGCGGCAGCCUACAAGACGAAGAUGGAUGCCGAGGCUUGGAGCGAUGCGGCGAUUAAGAACGCCGAAGCUAACUUGCAGAAGAAGCUGAAAGAAGCCGAAGGUAUGAUGGCUAUGGCUAAUGCCUACGCUAAGAUGAGCGAUGCUUUUGGCGGUCCUGCUGGCCUCUUACAAUACAUGAUGAUUGAGAAGGGCACAUACGUUGAGCUCGCGAAGGCCAAUGCCACCGCCGUCAACGGCAUGCAACCCAAGAUCAGCGUCUGGAACACGGGUUCCGAAGCUGGAUCAUCUGGAGCUGGGGGUCAAGGUCAAGGUCAAGACACCGCCUCAACUCUUAGAAACGUCUACCAACUCCUUCCCCCACUCAUGUCGACUAUUCAUGACCAGACAGGUAUCACGCUGCCCGAGUGGCAAUUCGGUAGAAUGCCAAACAGCGAGUUGGCUAGGCGGGAACAUAAUGAGAACAAGGUCAAUGGGAGGAAGUAA